AAAACGAUAAAAUGUGACAUGAUAUCUGCUGCUAUUAUAUCUGUUCACUGUUGAUCUCUUAAUUUUAUGACAGUACUAAAAAGUUUUCAAAAACUAUAGUAGUCAAGCCAACAUAUUGCUUUCUUCAGAUGAUUUUUACCUUAUUACUCUUAACCUAUAUGGUCCAUGCUAUGUGAGCAUGAUGAGAGUUGUAGUCCAAACAUAACUGGGAAGUACCAGUGCAGGAAAGGUUGGUUGAGGUUCCAAGGACCGAACAUAGCUGAGAUAACAUUGUGUGAAAAAACACAUCUCAAAGCAUGCUCAGUUAGAAUUAAUUUACAUGUCUACCCAUUUUCUUUUUUUUUUUUUUGGAUCUGCAUAUUUUAAAUAAGAUAGGGCCAAAUCCUUCUUUUAGAUGUAUCCUACAUCUAAAUGCUAAGAGAAACAAAUAUAAAAAGAAACUUUAAUAUAAGAAUGUGAUGUGAUAUAGUCUGAUACUAUUGAAAUAUGCUGGAUUUCAGCUCCUCAAAUCUCCCAGCCAGCAAUGGAGGUGUUAAAAGCCCAAUGUUUCUGAAGAGUACCAGAUGGAUGGAGACUAGAUCAGAACAUCAGAGAUGAACUAAAAUGUGAAGGUGACCUUUCUCGAUCAUCAUUGCUAUGAUUACAAAAUGGGGGCAGCUGUAAACUUUAUGGAGGAAGAUGAGGUAUUAAUAAAUAAAUAAAUAAGAUGGAAAAUAAUUUGGUGAAAGGUUGCAAACUAAAGUUAUUGAUAACAACAAUAAACCAGUUUCCUAAUUUCUUCCAUCUGGUUAGAAUAAAGGUACAGUUCUAUUUGAAGAUGUCUCAUUGCAGAUGGUUUCACAUUGGGGGUCAUCCAUAAAUCAUUAUGUGACAAGGGCAGAAUGGCACAUAGGUUAGAAUGAGGGCAGUUUAAAAGUGUGACAUAUUUUAUAGAUGGUUUGCAAGCCACUUGAAAAAUCAUUUUUCUGUCACCACUUCAGGCUGAUUUCCAUUACUUUGGUAAAGAAGCUUUUGUUCAGAAUAGUAAAAGCACUCUGAUUUUUUAAUUUUUUUUAUUUUUUUGCUGGAAGCAAAACUACAGCAAGCACUCAAAUGAAAUGCACAUGGUAGCAAAUACCAGCUUUAUUUUGUAUUACAGAAGCUGAAAGGUAUCAAAUUUUGGGGUGGGAGUGAGUGGGUUGGGAUAAGCAGACAGGUAGUGAAGUUAGUGGGCUAAUACAAACAUACAUAGGCAGAAUGCACUGGCUGCAUCCACACAAUAUGCUGAACCAUAAUCACAGAGAUUGGGUACAUAACAUGAACUGGUUGAAAUCAUCUAUGAUAUAUACCAAGCAAAGCAAUCAUUUUCUGGCACUUAAUGUCCAGUUGAAGCAGGUUAUAGUACUAAGUACCUGAGUACUGAGGAAAAUGCUUCAGUGAAUAGGGUAGAACAAACUUCGGAAUAAACAUGUUUAAAAUCAUGAGAAUUUGGCGGGUUUGCUUAAAACUGAGACUGAGUUUGCUUAAAACUGAGACUGAGUUCAAUUACUAGCAAGAGGAAUUAGGACUGAGAGCCAAGUAUACAAGGAUUAAGAGAGCAAGCCCCAAAUGCUUUUGCUAGGACAGAAAAUCUCAGAGCACUUCCUUGAGGGGAAAAUGCAAUCCUCAUAAAUUCAAAAAAUGAUUUGCAUUGUCAUGAAAAUCAAAAGCAGGGGCUUGGGGCCUCCCCUUAGCCAGCCCUUAAAAUGAAGGAAAUGGAAAAGGGGAUCAGUGAGGUCAAGUGGCAUAUUUGCCACAGUUCAUUGUAAGUCUAAAACGUAUACAACAAUCUUCCUGAAAAGGUCUGUUGGUUUAGUUUGCAUUAAUCCUAUGGAUUGCACUUCAGGUUGGAGGAUCCUAGUUAUUUUAUAUUGUGUAAGAGCAAUAACAUUUAAGCUUUUGUGGAGAAUUAUCAUUUAUUCUAUUUAUUACAUUUCUUGCCCAUUUGGCCCCAGUGUUUAUAUUUCCUGAGUGCCAUACAGAGAUAGCAUUUCCUGUAUAUUCUGAAGUAGUUGGCUACAUGAAAAGUUUGUGCCAGAAUAAAUUUCAUUUAACUUUUCAUUUAGAUUAUAAUGAAUGAGAUUUGUUGCAUGUUUAUUUUCAAACUAAAGAGGUUUCAGAGGCUUAUUUUUCCAUACCGCUUAGCAUUUACAACCCCCUAGUGUCAGGACCACUCAGUGAGUAGGAACAGGCAGAAAAGUCUUGGACCUCAAAGUAUUAAAAAAAAGUUAAAUAUAGACCUUUUCUCCUUUUUUUUAUAAAUGCUCUAAGUAUUGUCACUCUGGAUGUGUAUUAUUUUGUUUUAAUGUAUCAUCCUCUUCCUUUUGAUAGUGGUGGUGAUGGAAGAGGAGGAGGACGAGGAUGAGAUGGCGAAGGCCUCUUUUGAUUUGUAUAGCAAAGACUGUUACCUACGAUUUUCCGGCCCUGAGCUCUAUCUGCGUGCAGGGCAAAAAAAAAAAAAAAAGCCCCAGGGCAGAGGCGACAGAGGAACGAGCUUGAACCUGAUUGCCUCGGGUCUCUUCUCGGAAACCCCAGCCUACAGGGGGGAGUUCCGGGUUUAGGGCUGGAAACGGGCCCGAUGAACUGCUUGCCCAAGGAGGAAGCCGUUCUCCAUUGCAGGAGACAGGGGACUAGUCCUCAUCAAUCCCUGCGGCCGUCGGCUCCCUUCUCCCCCCCCCCCUUUGAAGUGGGUCGGGCAACGACUCCAAACCUUGAAGACGCCGGUGAGGCGUGUGUCAGGUAUGGGCUUCGGUGAAGGAAGGGGGGCGACGGCGGAGGAGGCUUUUCAGAGAGUGACAGCUGCAAGACAAACCCCGGGCCAGGCGGCGGAAGAGACUCAGCCAGGUAAGGAAGAGCGGGCAGGCUAGGCAGAGAAGGAGAAGGGAAAGUGAGGCUCUCCCGCCGUCCACCUCCACAUUCCUCAGUCCGUCGCUGUCUCGUCGUCUUCUGCACGUUUGCUCUCUCUAUCUCAGCGCCAUCAGCCACCCUUCUGCCCGCCCCCUUCGGUGUUCUGCUCUACCCGAUGCCUCCUGCUCUAUACUUCCUUCCCCAUCCAUCUCCGGCACCUCCAAACCAGUUCCGCCGGUCCUUCUCCAUCAGGGUCUUUCCCAUUCCCCCACGCACAGCGGCGUUGCUUCAUUCUCUCUUCUCUCUCCCGUACUCCCCACCUCCAGCUGGGGAGUGGAGCCUCCGCCGACUCGCGCCUUCCACACCCCCACCUCAAACUCCAGCAGCUUUUAGUCUGUUCGCCUGAAUUGCAAAGCAGGGAAUGGGAUCCCGACGGCGCCGAGCUACUCUUAGUGUUUGGAAGCCCGAAGGAGGCGUCUGGGGCACUUUAAAGAUCUUAUGAGUGACAUCAAAUUCUCAGCCAAGUCCAUAUUCUUUCACAUCUUCCUAUUGCCAUCCCUUACCAACAGUGAGGCAAUUUUUUAACCUCUGGGUGAGGACCAUUCUCUUUGCUAUCUCAGCAGAAGCAAGGAUGCAGCAUGAGAUUUGAUGGGACCUGAGAAGUCCCGUCUUUCAGACACAUGAACAGCAAAGAGUCACAAGUGCCUGUAAGAGACACAGCAACAAAAAGACGGUCUUCGCAACACAGGCUGGCUUGCAUUACCAAAUAUCCAAGCAAGACCCCACUCUGGGGGGGUCAUGAAUAAAGCCCAGGAUCUGCUUGACUGUGGCCGGAGGAAGGCUUGAAUCACAGGUCCCCGCUGUGCAGAGUGAUGCUUAUUCUGUUCCAUGCCAUGGUCACCCCAUUGCUCUGUGUCAUCCAGGCUGCCCCCCUUCCCAAUACCUAUAUCCUCCUUAACACCACUGAUACUCUCUGGGCUGAGACUCCCCUGAGGGAUUGGGACCUCUUCUCUCCACGUGUCACUCUAUCUAACCAAGCUCCUGAAGAGCCCCCCUUGCUUUUCCUCAUGGAGGACUCCAAUACCCAACCUGGACAAGCUGCUAAUAGAACAUUCAAGUCCAAACGGUCAUUGGAAGGGUCCCUACGCCGGGGAGAAAUGUCUGUAUGUGACAGUGUUAACGUGUGGGUGACAGACAAACGGACAGCUGUCGACAUCCGUGGCAAAACGGUGACAGUGUUGUCUGAGGUCCAGACACUUACAGGUCCCCUUAGGCAGUAUUUCUUUGAGACCAAAUGUAAUCCAGCUGGAGGAACUGUGGGUGGCUGCCGGGGUGUUGAUCGACGCCAUUGGAUCUCUGAGUGCAAGGCUAAACAGUCUUACGUGAGGGCUCUGACUAUGGAUUCUGACAAGAUUGUUGGCUGGCGCUGGAUCCGGAUUGACACUUCCUGUGUCUGCACCCUACUCACACGCACUGGCCGGACGUAGAAAAGAAAGGGGCAUAGUCCGUGACCUCAUUUUGGCCAAUCAAAGCAUGGCCAGCUCUCUAGUAUGUUCAGUCACGGAUUGGAAUGAUUCCUAAAUUUAACUCAGCUUUCAUUGGCCAGUGUGUGUGUGUGUGUGUGUGUGUGUGUGUGUGUGUGUGUGUGUGUUUGCACGUACAUGUGUCUGUGUUGAAAAAAGAAGAGGGUGGUCUCUAGUGACUAAUAGCUUCUGGGCUACACUGCUGAUUCCAUUUGUGCUGCAGCAAAACUAAGGGGGAAGUACAUCAUUAUGGCCAUAAGCUCUGGGCUUUUGCUGCCUAAGUGGAAGAAUGUUUUUUCUUGUUAAAUGGGCUGGAAGAGGAACUUUAAAGUCCUGCCUGGGAAAAGUUAUGGCUGGAGGGCUGCAUUAUCCAUGCAAACUGGUGGGUAGUACAGAAGAGAUUAGUGGGUCUUUUGCAGUCAAGAGGAUCUCAGUGAUCACUGUUUGUGAUCUAGGCAUGAAUAUCAAGGUCCUUCUUUUCUACAGUCCUCACUACCUCCCCCCCCCCCAAUGUUUUUCCUUCUGUGCACUCUACUAGUUCAGGGUUUUUCAAAAUGUCUACCCUCGGGGAACAUUUCCCAUUUCCACACAUCUGCCAAGGAUUCCCUGCACGAUUUAAAAAGUUCUUUUAGGGCAUGUUUGAAAGUGCAUUGUCUGUACAUGUGUGGCCAGCAGCCACACCUGCUGGGCCUCACCUCCAUUCUGUGCACACAGCCUAGAACUUUAGAGAGUGCAUUGGAAAGAAAAUUAAGUAGUUGUGGGAGGUUCGUCCACCUUUACCAAACUGUAUCUUGUAAAAACAUCUGAUUCACCACUGAAGGCCUUUGGAAUAGUUUUGAGAGCAGUUUCUGAGGCGGAAAAUGUUUACUUCUGGAACUCCCUUUUUUUUCCAGUUUGCCCCUCUCUUCCUAUUUAUUGCCUCACCUCCAGUUAAGAGUCUGUGAUCCAAUCAUGCCAUGUUAUUAAUUUAUGUGUGUGCAUUUACUCUGUGGGAAAAUCAUUUUUAGGGGUGUGUGUGGGUGUCUGGGGGUGUGUGUGGGUGUGUGCGUGCGCGUGUGCAUUGGAGGGAUUAAAAACAAAGUUCUUAACUUCCUUUCCAUUGUUAUGAAUAUUUACUUUUGGGAGCUGGGGGUGGCUGGGUGGGGAAGCAGAGGAAGCCACUACUCAAGAAAGCAAAACUUGGAUUGCAUCCAGUCCAUCCUAACACCCCGGCUCAGCCUUUCUAAUAUUUUUGAAGUGCCCAUAGAACAGGCUCUCCACCUGAGCCACUGAUUGCUCUGUGACCUUUAAUGCCACCUGGAGGCUGAAAAUAACACUGCAGAGUCUUAAUCAGAGGUCAAGUCUUCUUCACGAACACAUUCAUGGAAUUUUCUUAGAAACGAUACAGAAGCAAUCUGCCAUUGCCACUCUCUGAAUUGCUUUCAACUUUUCAGUCUAACUCAUAUUUCUCAACUUCAGUAACUUUCAGAUGUAUGGACUUCAACUGGGGAAUUCUGGGAGUUGAAGUCCAUACAUCUGAACGUCACUGAGGUUGAGAAACACUGGUAUAGACACUACCCUGGGAUUUCUUGAAGUUUCCCAUCAAAGUACUAUCCAGACUCAACCCUACUUAGCUUCUGAAACUAGAGAAGAUCAACCAGAUGCUUCCCUCAAAGGUAAAAAACUUUCCUCCAUACAGGUGCUAUAUUUAACAUUUUGGGGUGAGGGAGGCUGACAGCUGCGCAUAUUCUAUCAGAACUAUCAAUUUUCACUAAUCAUUGUCAGAUGAUGUACAAAAACAUAUAAUUUGGAUGUUGCAGGCAGCCCACUCUGGUUUAGGUAUGGAUAUUUUUAGUAUUAAGAGCCUACUGCGGGCUAAAACCAACAUUACCAAACUUCAAAGAAAUGACAUAUUGAAUUUAUGCCCAGUAUUAAUCUGACUAUAUACUGCAGCAACAGAUUAUUGCUUAAUUUUGCCAAGUUUGAAAAAUUCUUGAAGCUAUCAAAGGAAAACACUUCAACAAACACAAUGUGCUAAACAUACAUAAUACUAUACUGAGAUACUAGAGAUUUUGACCUUUUGUUUGUAUCAAAUAGUUGUGAACAGAAAAACUUAAUGCAAGUGUCAACUAUGGCCCUUUCAAUGUCAUUUGGGUUAAAAGGGAGAAGCUGAAUAGAAUAGGAAAGAAAACAGUGAGAAGAAGAGGAUAUACUUAAUGGACAAAACUGGAGGAAAGUAUAACCUAAUGGCUGAAGGUAAACAUGUAUAUUAUUAAUGUUAAAAAGGAUCUCAGGGUACAAGAUUGGUGGUACUGUAGACAUUUGGUUUAGAAAGGCUUAAUAAAAAUUCCUUUCUUAAUAUUACUGGGGAUAAGUGUGGAUCAUUAUAUAUGUUAUGUAGACAGAAUAGCAUCUCCAUGAAGAAGCAGCAGCUCAGCUUUGGCAAGCUCAGAAAAUACCCCAAAUUUUGCAAAUACUUGAGGAAAAUAAAAUUUACAAGGGAAAGAAAAACAUCCAGUAAGAUGGAGGCACCCCUAUGGAAAAAAUAAAAAUGAACUAAUUUAAAAGUCUAGUUCUAACAGGAGAGAUGUCACAUUUCUUUAUAAUGCAGUUCCUCUUUAUUGUAGAUCUGAAAAGUAUCCCAAAAUUGAGCACUUGGCACUCACUUUGGAAUUAUAACAAUUAUAAGAAUGUUUGCUUAUAUUGCUUAAUAGAACUUGAUAUACAGUAGGUAGUCUUUGACCAUAAUGCAACCUGCUCAUUAUAGUUUUAAGUUAUGAUGGUUGUAAAGUGGAUCACCACUUGGACUGGAUCCAUUUUUAUGAACCACAUUAAGUGACUCCAUUAUUUGCUAUGAUCUGUUUUUGCUGAAAAGUGGGAGUAACUUACAGUUUUCACAAAAAGUCUUAAUUUGUGAUCAUAUAACGGCAGGAUGCUGAAAACCACCAUAAAUAUGGGUCAGUCCCUAACACUUGAAAUGCAGUCACAUGACCACAUGGAGGGAGUGGCUGUCAGAACUUUGAAACUAGAUUACAGUAUUAGUAUUGCUUGGGUGGUCCCUUGUAAC